AUGUACACACAUACAAUUUCACAUUUAUUCAAGCCGGAUGCGUUACGAAGCCUGCGCAAAUCCCGCCUAGUACUUCGCCAGCACGAGCGUCGAUUACAACGGAAAAUCGAUCGAUUAGAAAAAGUAAAACGCAAAUCCACGCGGACCAAUCGACCGAAAUACCCUUGGAAAGUACGUCCCAGUCUACGAUCACGUGGUGUGAUCGUGAUACUCUUAGCCGGACCGCAUCGAGGCAAACGUGUGGUCUGUUUGGGGCGUCAACGAUCGACCGGUUUGCUUCUAGUCACCGGACCAUUCCGGUACAACGGAUGUCCAUUGCGUCGAGUGCAUCCGAACAUGGUGAUCGCCACACAGACUUCGGUGGAUCUAAGCAAAUUAGUGAUCCCGCUACGGAUUCACAAAAAAGAAUAUUUUGCCCGAAACAAAAUGGACAACAAACGACGGAAAUUGGACGACUCACUGCUGCUGAAACCGGACGGGGAUCGUGAGGAAGGUUACAAACCGAGUGAACAACGCAAAGCCGACCAAAAAUUGCUAGAUGCGGUCGUGUGCAAAGCAAUCAAGGCGCACGAUCAGUCGCGUAUGCUUGUGAAGUAUCUGAAAUCACUGUUCUCGCUGGGCAAGCAUGAUUAUCCGCAUCGGAUGGUCUUCUAA